GUACCGGUCCCUUUCCUGUUUAUGUUAAGGCAGUCUUCUCGCGUGCGUGGAAGUGAGUGGAGCAUGUGAAAAUUUACUGGAGUUAACAAAGGGUCCGUAAAAUGAAACAGAAGUACACCUUCUGGGAUAAACUGAGUUUGAAAUGUGUUUUGGUUGGUGAUAUGAGCGUUGGCAAGUCCAGCCUAGCUGCUAGGAUUUCUUCGAGAACUUUUAAAUCGGACUAUUCUCCAACUCUGUUUGACAAUUAUUCAGCCACCGUGACAGUACAAGGAAUCCCCUAUCAUCUAAAUAUCUUUGACACGGCUGGUAAGGAGGACUUCACGAAGGUCAGAGUGUUAUCCUACAUAAAUAGUGACGUCUUCUUGGUUUGUUUCUCCAUUGAUGACGUCAAAUCGCUAGUUCACGUUCAAGAAUCAUGGGUACCGGAACUACGUCAGCAUUUACCAAACACACCUUUUGUACUAGUUGGAACAAAACUAGACGUACGGUUUCAAAAGCCAGAUAUUCAGGUUGUCAGCAGUUCUUAUGUCUCUACAAAGCAGGGUGCGGAGGUAGCGUCUGCCGUGGGGGCCUACAGUUACGUAGAGGUGUCCUCACUCAGUGCAGACGGUGUAGACGAUUUGAUAAAUGAACUAGUGGCGGCCGCAAAGGCUGGAUGGGAAAGAAAAUGUGCCCAGGAACAGAACUGUCCUUCCUGUGCCAUUAUCUGAAAGAAAUUCCAAAGAAAUUUUAUCCCGGUGCUAUUUUUGGAAAGGACGACACAAAUGUCAUUUCUCUAUCCGACCCAUAGUGGGAUCGACUCGGUUCUGCAAUACUCAGAGUUUGGAUAACUGAUUUAGUUUGUCUUUCAGACAGUUUUUGAAGUACAUGUAAGUGCUGUGUGUUUGUGAGAUUGUUCUUUGUUUAAAUGUUUUAUUUUUUUUUUAUAUUUGUUAAAUUAAUUUUGAGAUUAAAAAGAAUACAAUACAA